UCAGGAAGAGCUGAGACUGCACCUGUUGCUCUUAGAUUCACGGGAGGCUGGUGGAGGUGAAGGACUGCGGCGCUCCACGUCAGAGACAAAAUAAAAAACAUGAGUAUCAACUCUCCGAGUGGCCGGGCCCUCACCGAGGACCAGUUCACCUGCUCCAUAUGCCUGGAAAUAUUUGUGGAGCCCGUAUCUACACCCUGCGGUCACAGCUUCUGCAAGGCCUGCCUACAGGGCUACUGGAACCACAGCAAGAAGUUCUUGUGCCCCAUGUGCAAGAAGAGCUACUCCAGAAGACCAGAGAUGAGCGUCAACCGGGUCCUGGCCGAAAUAUCCUCCCAGUUCCAGGGUCUGGUGGUCUCUGGCGGUGCCUCGGGAAGCCCCUCGCGAGGGGGCUCAAUGACUAUGAGCUCAGACUCGGGUCACAGCAGUUCUCCAGCGCAGGACACCGGAGAGUUCGCCCAGCCCGGCGAUGUUCCAUGUGAUGCCUGCAUCGGAAGGAAGCUGAAGGCUCUGAAGUCUUGCGUGAACUGCCCUGGAUCCUACUGCGAGGCCCAUUUGAGGCAUCACAAGAAGGUCAAGACUCUGACUUCACAUUGUCUGAUUGAACCCACCUUCCACCUGGAGGAAAAGAUCUGCAAGAAACAUGAACGCCUCCUGGAAGUGUACUGCUGCACCGACCACACAUGCAUCUGCAAGUCUUGUGCCGAGGCCACACACAAAUCCCACGAUAUCAUUUCCGUCGACCAAGAGUUUAAGAAAAAGAUGACCAAUCUGGGAAAGAAGAGGUCAGUGUUGAAAAACUUAAUCAAAGAACGAGCCAAGAAACUGGAAGAGAUCAAGCAAUCCAUCAAGGUCAUCAAGGCCAGCUCUCAGAAGGAGCUUGAGGACAGCUGGCAGGUGUACGGCGCGCUGCAGAAGCUCGUGGAGCAGAGUCAGGCUGAGAUGGUGGAGCUGAUCACCGCCAGGGAGCGGGAGGCGGAGCGCCACGCCCAGGAGCAGGCCAGGAGUCUGGAGAACGAGCUGAGCCAGCUGAGGAGGAGGAGCAACGAGCUGGAGGCCCACGCACACACCAAGGACAAAGUGGUCUUCCUGCAGAACCUGGCCACGCUGUCCCACUCGCCCGAGUACACCGAUUGGUCGGGGGUCAGCAUAAACACCGACAUCUACCUGGGAACGCUCCGCUCCUCUGUCAGCGGCCUCAUCGAGAAGUUCCAGGAUGAGCUUAAGAGACUUUACGUAAAAGAGUUCCGGAAGGUGCAGAACUAUGCCAGUGAAGUUGUUUUGGACCCGUCCACGGCCCAAAAGAACCUGGUCGUUACUCAUGAAGGUCAGCAGGUCAAAUACGAAGAGCACAAGGUUUCCCACUCCGAGGGUCCGAAGCGCUUCAACCCGGCCCUCUUCGUCCUGGGCCGAGAGAGCAUCCACUCUGGCCGCCACUACUGGGAGGUGGAAGUCGGGCGCAAGACGGCCUGGACGCUCGGCGUGGCGCGCGCUACGGCUCGCCGCAAGGGCGAAAUCAAGCUGAACCCUGAGGGCGGCUACUGGUGCCUGUGGCUGAAGAACGGGGAGGUGAAGGCGCUUGCUGAGACUCGCCUGCCGCUGGCGCUGAUGUCUCAUCCCAGCAAAGUAGGACUUUUCUUGGAUUACGAGGCCGGCCAGCUUUCUUUCUACGACGUGAAGGCACGUCAGCACCUCUACACUUUCAUGGAUAAGUUCAACGAGAGCGUGUACCCGAUCUUCAGCCCCUGCCUAAGCCAAGACGGGAAGAACAACUCUCCUCUGAUCAUAACGCAAGUUAAGCACACCUAAGCGGUCAGAGAGUGGAUCGUAGACUGAGGGUUUGUUGUUUUUGUUGGAACGAGUUGUCUCGUCUUCGAGGAGUUUACAAUGAUGACACUUGUUCGCAAAGCACUUCACGUCCAACUUGGUGGACAAAAGCAAAUCGAGCUCCUGCCACAAUGAAACCUAAUGAGGCGUCACUACUCCGCUGAAGGAAAGACUGUGUUCAGAGACUUUAAAGUAACAGAUUUUUUUUAAAUAUUAAAGACAUUUAUUCUGUUCAGCUAAAAGAAAAAAAUAAUAAAAAAACAAACUUGUUAGAAGAAAAUCUGGGACUACUGUUCUGAUGCACCAAAAGUUCAGCUGACAGUUUACCUGCAUCCUUUAGCUAAAAUCAGAGUUUGUCAGAGGAUCUCAUUGGCACACCAAAAACAGCAAAAAUUAAAAAAAUGACACUAAAAUCAAUGAAAAGUUCAGUAACUGAAGGGUUACCCAUGAAAGGAUGAGUAGAAAUAAAAGUAGGUUGCAAGGCAAGAUUGUUUUAGUAAGGAGCUGGAGUAAUUUCUGCCAACUAAAAGUCGUUGUCCAUGACUAACAAACAUCUCUUGUCGUCUGUAUGUCUGGACCAAGGAGCAGGACUGUAAGGUGAAAUUUAUUUGGUUUUAUUUUACAAAGGAAAACAUUCAGGUCUUAUUAAAACCUUUUGAAAGAAUGCAUUAUUGCUUAGUGAAAAACUUCAACAUUUUGACCAUAAUUCCAAAAGGAGCAUCAACACUGACAUCAUUAAAACAAUGUCAGACAUGCUCUGGGGUUAUAUAAUGCUCCUCCCACCCCCAUCUUCAUGUAACAUAGCUAUGCAUCAUCAUGGGAGGCUCUGUAUGUUAAGGUCCUUUCAAGGACUUAGUGAAGGAACCAAAUAUAUUGUUGCACAUAUUUGAGAGAAUUGUUGGGCUGUGGUUGUUUUAUGGGGUUUGGGAGUUCUGUAAUUCUAUGCCAGAUUCUUUUUGUACCUUCUUUCUGUAGUUUUCAAAUAAAGAUUACUUCUGAAUUAAAAAGA